AUGUUGAAGAUGUCGCAGUUCUUCAAGAUACCCAUGCUGAAGCUGAAGUCGGUCGGCAAGUCCAAUUGGGCAAGGACGGGCGGCCUGGACAGCCACCAGCGCUCGUACGCCGCCGACGACGCCUUCUUCCAGCUCUACCUCGUGGGGAAGGUGCUGGAGCAUGGCCGAGCUGGUGCCACAUCACAGACGUCUGGGGCAGCCGACCCUGCGGAGCAGACGAUCCUGAAGGUCUGGUGGGCCACCCUGGGGCGGAUGGACGAGGUUCUACAGUUUGUCGACUACCGACGGUACCGCGACGGCUUCCUCGGACUGCGCGGCGUCAUCACUGAUGCCCUGAACGCGCUGGGCAAAGCGCUGGGUUGGACAGGUUCCUCCUGCAUCAACGACCUGCUCAGAGUCAAGGGAGUGCAGCAGACGCUGGCGAAGCUGCACAAGAAGAGCGGCGUUGUCUUGGACGCGCAAUUCCUCAGGCAGAACCGCGACGUCUUCGAUGUCUUUUACAAGGACACCGAGGUGCGUGUGAGGCUGCGGGCCCCGAGGGACGGCGACGACGUGCAGGGCGCGGGCGCGGACCUGGAAGUCGUCCCGGAGGCGACGGAGCGCUUCCAGUCCGAGCUGUUGGAGCUGCUCGCUGCGUACGAGCCACCCAUCGGGGAGCGCCCCACGGUGUUCGGCCGCAACAUUCCGGAGGCCUUCUGGGUCCCGGCCAAGGCCGUUCUGGACAGGCGUCAGGAGGCGGUGUUCGAGAAAUGCAUGGACACGCUGGACUCGGUCGAGGUGUCGUACUCGGACACAGACGGGUGGCUGCUCAGGAUGACCAGGCAUCCCCGGGCGCCCGACGACGUGGCGCACAUGGACCGCAGCGCGAAGGACCUGCAGGCGGCGCUCGGCCUAGAGGAGGCGGAGGCGAGGCGGAGGCUGAACAAAGACGCCAAGUACAUGCAGUGGUGGGGGACCCUGCGCAUCCUCGAGGCCGGCGGGUGGCAGGAGCAGAUGGUUCAGCGAACGUUCCGGGCCCGCGUGAGGAUCUUGACGGACGCGCAGAGCCUCGCGGACCGCGCCUCGCCGCCCGCCGUGUCAUGGGAGGCGGCCCGGGACGCCCGCGGCCCAGCGCGGGGAGAGGCGGCCACGGAGUGCGGCACUGACGCGUGGCAUUGCACAGGUGCCGUAGAGUCGCUGGAGGCCAGAGCUGUCAAGUGA